AUGUUACCACAGAAAAGACUAGCGUAUAUUCGGAAAUGUAUAGCAACACACGGUGAGACAUCGAAUAACAGUCAAUAUAAUUUGAACCCAUCUGAAAAUCUUGAUACUAGCUUGGAUGAACAAGGCCCUGGCUACAUUGAAUGCUUAGAAAAUGUUGAUAUAGCAUGUGAAUCAGUUCCAAAUGCUAACGUACAAACCAAUUUGUUUCAUAAAGAUAUAAAUGCAUCAGAUCAUAGAAUUGAGACAGCCAGUGCUAUUGACAAUGUUAGUUAUUGUUUCGAAAAUGAUGCUAAUAAUACUGAUAUUAAUGACAUAAUAUCUAACACUGAAGAUCUAAGUAAAGCCGAUAAAAGUUAUGAGUCCGAUUUCGAUUCAGAUGACAGCGUUAAAGAUCCGAACUAUAGACAUAGACCACCGUCAAGAUCAUCAACGGAUUCAUCUUCCAGCUCCAGUAGUUCAUCAUCGUCAGCUUCAAGUGCACGUUCACAUUCCUCCCACAGCGAAAAUAUUCCACCCGCAUUACACUCCUCUAACAGCGAAAUCAUUCCACCUACAUUACACUUCUCUGGCAACGAAAACAUUCCACUUGCAAACUCUCAGCUUGAAAACUUAGAUUCUAACAAAAAACUCACACGAAAACGACAACGAAAUGUUAGCAGCUGGAAGUCAGAAGUCGCGAAACGUUUAAGAAACACAGGUCACAGCUACACAUCAAAAAAACUAAAGAAAGUCAUUCCAGCCAGAAAAGUAGGGCCACCAUGUGGUGAGAAGUGUCGCCUAAAAUGUUCUGCUAAUGUAUCAGAAGAAGAAAGAAAAAUAUAUUUGAUGAAUAUUACAAUUUGGGCAACAUCACGAUGCAGAGACAAUACAUCAUUAACAGCACUACUAUGA